AUGGCGACCACCGCCCCCAUCACGGCAGAGGCCUGCCAGUCAACCUUUGAACAAGCCGUCGCCCUCUCCCUCCACAUGUGGCCCGCCCUCACCCUCGCCGUCCAAAACCACUGGGGCGGCCCCGAUUCCGCCGACAAACGAGACUGGUUCGCCGGCGCCGUCGCCGAGAUCUUUCCCACCUUUACAAAAAUCACCGCCGCGGGCCAAGCCAUGCCCGCCACCGCCGCCGCCGCCGCAGAGGAGCCCGACACGGGCUACGUCGAGACCAUGCUGCUGCAGGUCAUGCUCGACGAGUUUGAGGUCAACGUCGACGACGAGACGGGCUACGACGUCGCCGAGCAGAUUGUCAAGCUGCGCGCCGAGUGCGCCAAGGGCAAUUUCGCCGCCGUCGACGAGCUGCGCACCAAGUGGGAGAGCCGCAAGGGCGCCAAGGUGGAGGGCUUGUAUAAAAAGGUCGAGGCCGGCGACCAGGAUACCGAUUGGGAGGACGACGACAGCGAAGACGACGACGAGGGUGAUGAUGUCGAGAUGGACGAUGCGCCCCAGCUUGUGCGUGCGCCAAAGGAGAAGCAGGAGCCCGAGGUCGACGAAGACGGUUUCACCACGGUCACCAAGAAGAAGAGAUAA